GUCUGCAGUCAUCUCAGAACAGGAAGGCAGCAUCAAAUGGAUUGUCCAGGAAUAAGCAACUUUUCAUAGGUGCCCGCAGCCUGCCUCCUCUAUGGUUUCUGCGUGCUGAUUGGCUGGAGUUGAAGCAUGUCCAUGGAUGUUACGUUUCUGGGGACGGGGUCCGCGUAUCCAUCUCCCUGCAGAGGGGCUUCAGCCGUAGUCUUUCGGACAGAUGGGGAGUGCUGGCUGUUCGAUUGUGGGGAGGGCACCCAAACUCAGUUCAUGAAGAGCGCCCUCCGAGCAGGCCGAAUCACCAAGAUCUUCAUCACUCACCUCCAUGGGGAUCACAUGUUUGGUCUCCCUGGGUUCCUGUGUACGGUUAGUCUCCAGUGUGGCUCUACUCCUACUAACCAGCAUGUGGACAUCUACGGACCUGUUGGUCUGAGGAGCUUCAUUCGGAUGAGUCUCGAAGUGUCUCACUCAUGGCUCGUUUUCCCAUACACUGUCCAUGAAUUUUUGCCUUCAGAAGACCAGUGCCCAGCAGAAGAGUUCAGAGACUUCUCCAAAUAUACUGGAGACUGCUUCCCCCCCACCCCAGAAGACCGGAUUAUUUCUGCUGACCUCACUGAUGGCACCUACUGUCUCCUCGAAAAUGAGCAGUUCACAGUAAAAGCUUUUAAACUCUAUCAUCGUAUCCCAUCGUUUGGGUUUGUGAUCACAGAGAAGGAUCGACCAGGGAGACUCAACGUCAGUAAACUUCAGGAACUUGGUAUUCAGCCUGGUCCAUUAUAUGGAAAGCUUAAGCUUGGUUCUGCUGUGACCCUUGAGAAUGGACAAACCAUCUCUCCAUGUGAUGUGCUGGGAGACCCUGUGCCUGGAAGAAAGAUCUGCAUCCUCGGGGACUGCUCGGGGGUUGUUGCACCUGGAGCUGCUCAGCUCUGUCGAGAUGCCGACCUUCUUAUUCAUGAAGCCACAUUAGAUGACAGUCAGAUGGAGAAGGCCAAGGAUCAUGGACACAGCACACCCAAGAUGGCUGCUGAAUUUGCUAACUUGUGCAGAGCCAAGAGGUUGGUCCUGACUCACUUCAGUCAGAGGUACAAGCCCCCAGGACUGGUCAGUGAGGGGGAUGAAGAUGUGACUGUUCUUAAAACCCAAGCAGAAAGCGUCCUGAUGGGUCAAAGUGUGAUUUUAGCCGAGGACUUUUUAACCAUUAGCAUUCCAUUAAAGAAGCCAUUAUAGGCACUGCACUGAUAUUUUAUAUAUUUUACACUUCUGAAUAUUUUAUAUGAAAGUGGAUCAGUUUUAUUUCUUUGGUAUAAAUUGUGUUAUUGGUAUAAAUUGUGUGUUAUGAGUAGAUUUGAUAAUUUCCAGCUAGGUAUAUGUCUGGGGGAAGGGUCCUACAAUAAAACAUGUAUAAUCUCAACGCUCUGAACUGUACCCCUCAUUAAUUGCUGCAAUAGGACUAGCUUAACCCCUUAAGUACUGGAAACAUGGUGCUUUCAGACUGCGCUGCAUUUUGGGGUGACUCUUUAAAUCCACUGCGUGCACUAAUUUCCUCGCUCGCAGCAAUGCUAGAUGCUUGGUAAGCCAUGUCAAUAUCUGUCUGUAUAAUUGAUGAUAUAUUCGUGGUCUGUAACCUGUGGCUCCACAGCUUUUGUGAAGUAAAAGUUGUGACAGUAGUGCUGCAUUCUGUUAUGUCAUGGAGCGUUAAAGGGGUUGGCCUAUCUUGGACAUCUUUUGCCACCACUGUGUGAUAGGUGCUGGUUCCACCUCUGGGACCCGCACCUAUCUCUGGACCGGAGCCUGCAAAGUAAAGGCGCUAUUUCCAUCAGCCCCCACAGACGUGAACAGAGUGGUGGCUGCGCUUGCGCGGUGCACUUCCCAUUCAUUUUUAUGGGACUUCGGAAAAGCACGCUCAGCUAUUUUUGCCACUUCCAUAGGAAUGAAUGGAGGGGGGCCGCGCAUUUCCACUCUCCUUCAGGCCUCUUGUGCACGAACGUAUUUUCUUUCCAUGUCCGUUCUGUUUUAUUUUUUUGCAGACUGUAUACAGAACCAUUCAUUUCAAUGGGU